GACACCAGCCGGCCGAGGAGGCACCAGCAAGGACAGGCCGACCAGACUGGCUCCUCCAGCCGCAGCGGCAGACGCUCACUCUCGGUCCUGCAGAUCAUUGAACCCCUGGUGUAUUACGGUGUCUGUAGAGGUGAUCCUUGCUGGUAGGAUUCUUAUUUCUUAUCAAUCAGGUCACACAGUAUAAUGCUCUUCUGAGAAAUUAAAGGGAGCUGGUUUAAACUCCAACAUGUCAAGUCCUCAGAUGGACAAUGGCUCAGCAAACUCAGUGGAAGCCAAGAAAUCAGACUUAAGGAUGAAUGAGAAGAAGUGCUCCUGGGCCUCCUACAUGACCAACUCUCCAACGGUGAUCGUGAUGAUCGGCCUGCCUGCAAGAGGGAAGACCUACAUGUCAAAGAAACUCACAAGAUACCUCAACUGGAUCGGAGUCCCAACUAAAGUGUUUAACUUGGGUGUGUACCGCAGAGAGGCCGUCAGAGCUUAUAAGUCCUACGAUUUCUUCCGUCACGACAAUGAGGAGGCCAUGAAAAUACGGAAACAGUGUGCUCUUGUAGCUCUUCAGGAUGUGAAUGCAUAUCUGACAAUUGAAGGAGGUCAAAUCGCGGUUUUUGAUGCAACAAACACGACAAGAGAACGCCGAGACCUCAUUUUAGGCUUUGUGAAGGAGAAUGGAUUCAAGGUGUUCUUCGUGGAGUCAGUGUGUGACGACCCAGAGGUCAUUGCUGCCAAUAUUCUGGAAGUGAAAGUGUCAAGUCCGGACUAUCCUGAGAGCCACAGAGAGAGGGUGAUGGACGACUUUCUGAAACGAAUUGAAUGCUACAAGGUCACUUAUCAACCGCUAGAUCCUGAUGAUUACGACAAGGACCUUUCCCUCAUCAAGGUGAUGAACGUGGGCCGGCGUUUCCUGGUGAACCGAGUGCAGGACUACAUCCAGAGUAAGAUCGUCUACUACCUCAUGAACAUCCACGUCCACUCUCACUCCAUCUACCUGUGUCGGCAUGGAGAGAGCAACCACAACGUCGAGGGCCGCAUUGGAGGAGACUCUGAGCUCUCUCCUCGAGGGAAACAGUUCUCUCACGCCCUGAGAGAUUUCAUCGAGCAGCACACACUCUCAGACCUGAAGGUUUGGACUAGCCAGCUGAGGAGAACCAUCCAGACCGCCGAGGAGCUCGGUGUUCCUUACGAACAGUGGAAGAUACUCAACGAGAUCGAUGCUGGUGUGUGUGAGGAGAUGACGUAUGAGAUGAUCCAGAACACGUUUCCAGAGGAGUUUGCUUUGAGGGACCAGGACAAAUACCACUACCGCUAUCCUGGAGGAGAGUCUUACCAGGACCUCGUUCAGCGUUUGGAGCCGGUCAUCAUGGAGUUAGAGAGACAAGGGAACGUGCUGGUCAUCUGUCACCAGGCUGUGAUGCGCUGUCUGCUAGCUUACUUCCUGGAUAAGAGUGCAGAUGAUCUCCCCUACAUGAAAUGUCCGCUCCACACAAUCCUGAAGCUGACACCUGUUGCAUAUGGUUGUAAAGUGGAGAUGUUUUAUCUAAACGUGGAGGCGGUAAACACACAUCGAGACCGGCCUCUCGGUCAAAUCCCGAAGGACUCUGCUCUCAUACACCGGCGGAAUAGUUACACCCCCUUGUCCAGUCACAACCAGGUCAAGCGUCCCAGACUCUACAGCGCGGGCAACCAACCCUGGCUCCCGCUCGCCCCCACGCCAUCAGCUCUGAUGCCAGAGGAGCGGCAAAGCCAAGUUAGUGUCAGAGUCACAGGCUCCCCCUCUCUGAAUCCGUCACUGUCGGGUGUAAAUCAAUCACCUCCCUUCAUAGUUGUAACCCUCUGUGUGGCAUCCCCUCGUGCCAGUGUGGAUCCUGUUGAUAAUUUAGUGUUUUGUGUUGAAAAAUCACACACAUAGAAUCCAUCUCUGCCUGUCUACCUCUUUACCUGUCCUCCUCCCUCUCGUAGGGCAUGUGUGAUCUUGUCUUCUGUUGAUGUUGUGCAUAUAUCUGUUACCAAAUCAGAUGUCUGUCUUGCAUGACUUCUGCUUCAUCUCUGGCUUGAAUAUGCAGAACGGCAUGCCUGAUUUUAACAGAGGAAACUCCUCAUGAGUUAACCUUUAAGGAAAAACAUAAGACACAAACAUCCAAGACAUGUUAAGCAAAUGAUUGGCAUUAUAACCUCCAUGACAUGAGAGCUGGAAACACUUUUUAAAAUGCCAUUUGAGAAGAUUUGUCCGAAAUAAACAUUGAGAAAAUUAACACAAAUUUGAAUCGUAAACAAAAAGAGAAAUGUAAAAUGCAUAUUCAUAUUUAUAUUUGUACAUGUUGUUGGUAUGUGUUGGCCUUGCCUUAUGGGGUAUGUUGCUUCAGUCCUUCUCCACAUUUCUAUCUCUGUCCCUCUCUCUCUCUUUCUCUCCCCACUCUCUUCAACCCGUC